AUGACUUCCAUUUCCCUCGUUAGCCAUGAUGAUUAUGGCGUUCAACAAAGCACUGCACUUGACCAAUGGGGCGAUACAUCACAAUAUGCACCAACACCCGGCUUUGCACCAACACCUGGCUAUGCAACAACACCUGGCUAUGCAACAACACCUGGCAACCUCCGUUGGUCACCCGCCUCCCCGUCCGACAUAGGCAGCAUCAACGUCAAUCCCAUCUCCCCUGUCGAUUAUGCCUCUCCACAACAACUUGCUUCGCAAAAGAAUAGUCUUCCGUUGCUCCAGUUUGGCGAUUGGGAGGAAGGUCGAACAUAUGACGAGAAUCCACCGGUUUGUAUCCACUACUUGAUCGAGUGGAAAGUCACCCUAAAUAACAGGACGGUGGCGAAAGAUACGGAACAAGAUCUGGUUCUAGCCCCUCGAUUUCACUGGAGGCUCUUCUUGCAACCAAAGCUAAACGAGCUACUUGUACGAAAGUAUCCACAUCGAAAGCUUGAAUCGGAUGACACCUCUGUUGUCGUAUCCGCCACCCGGCAGAAAGGCCUCACUCUGAGGUUUGAUGGAACGGACAUUGAUUGGACCCCUGUAGAAAAACUGCUUUUAGAUUGGGGAGACCUUUUCCUUGCUGGCAAGAGACUGAGAUUGGUUGUCUCAUUCAAUUACAUGGAGAACAAUUCGAGCUCAAACAUAAGUGGCAGGACGACUGAUAAACGAGGCACUUCGUCUGCUACCCAGCGGAUGCUUCAAGAGCGAGACCGACAGAUCUAUGCUGAGGAAGCAGCUUCCGGAGAGCCGCCUGCCUGGAAAGAGGUAUAUGCUUUGAUGCGUUGUCCUGGGUCCUGUGAACUAGGCCCGCACUGCUGGCAGGAUCCCUAUGGGAAGAAACACUAUAAGCUCUACCGGGACCAGCUGGAGAGCUUGGUCAAAUACGUACAGAGCGGUGGUGUUUUACAAUCGCAUAAAGAUGUGCCUGUUAUGAUUCGCGAGCAAAUCUAUAGAGCAGAGAGACAACGGCUCGACAGACCGCGGGCCAAUAAUCGAUCUACUGCCGAGACAAGCUAUCCUCCUAUUACUAUCACAAAUGUGCUUCCCACACAAGCCCCACAAGCACCGGGGUGGUCAACAUCUGCACCUCCAGAGGAGACUACUGCUUCUUCAGUCGACUUUCCUGCCAUUCAUAUCUCAGGCCUUCUCGAUGUUGCUGUGAGAGAAUACAGCAGCUGGCAACAGUCACGUUUGGGUGAUGAGACAUUGAAGGCUGAGGUCAGAAAGGCGUGCGAUAUAGCCCUAGAUGAUGGACUGGACUUGGCGCAAAUUGAUGAAGACAAAGAUCCCAAUUACUUCAAGACGCGUGGGGUUAAGUGGGGCGAAGCGGAUAUAUAG